AUGGAAGAGGAAAAUGAUCAGACGCGAGGGAAUACUCAGGAAAACACACCGAACGCGAGUCACGGUGGGGACAGGGCUGGAGCCAAUAGGCCACAAGAGAAGUUGAAACAAGCGCCUACAACGAACAAGGGUACAAAAGAGGCGGGGAACGGGCAGACGAAGAAACCAACAAACACCGUCAAGAACCCGUUGUCCGCAAGGGAUGGAGCUGAUAAACAAAGGGAAGUGCACCCGGGUAACAUGGAUCACCUAGAAAAUGUGCAGCAGCAGGCUUCCCCAAUACACCAGCAGGACGUAAACCACAUGGAUACGGGGGAAGGAGUACGGGCCACUCAAGCUCCGCACCCACCUUUCCACCUCGAUGCGAAUAAUAAAACUCUCAACUCAGUAGCCUCGGGCAGGCCACCAAAUAUCGCCAUCGAUGAGACCAUGAACUCGGGAGAAGUACCCAACCCAGCAGUGAACCCUACGUCCUUAAGGAGCAGCGAUGGCUUUGCCCAUCAGUGA